UCUGGAUGAAACAAGAUCCUCCAAAAUGAUCAGGCUAGCAAUACUCGUGCUGCGGGCUCUGUGCAUCGGGCAUCUAUCGAUCGGAUCAAGUUUGGCGAUGCGGGCGCCCGACAUGCCUCCACUGCCGGAAGUUUCCAUAUCGGGACACCACACCUCCGACUAUACCGCCAAGCAGAAUCAUCCUACAUCCUACGUCUCUUCGCCUUCAUUCAAAGGCCCCUUGAAAGCAUCGAAGACUAUCGGAUAUUCGUCCUCGGAAGUAUCACUUCGCACGAGACUCGCCCAGUACGUCGCCGAAAACGAUACCAAUCUUCCCUUCCUCCGGAAGCCUUUCAGAUCCGCAUCAGUGACAUCGCCACCGCCAUUGGUAGCUUCGGAACGACCUAGUACCCAAAUGAUCCUCAACGCCAUUUUGCAACAGCUUGUGGCCCACAAUGCGCCUAUUGAUGCCAAGGAAGUGAUGGAAAGUACGGAGUUUUACCUAUCUCUUCGCAAACGCAUCGGGGCGCCGCUCCAGAUCGUCGAUGCGUGCGCGGGACACGGCUUGACUGGUCUACUCUUUGCCGCAGGCAAUCCCGGUCUCCAACGUCUACAUGUAAAUCUUGUGGAUGCCCGAGAACCGGCGUCCUUCGCCGUUCUACGCGACCUCAUGACGGACGUUUGUCCCUGGAUACGAGAUCGCGUCACAUACCACGCGCAACCAAUACAAGAAUAUGCGACUUCUAUGCGGGAUAAGGGUACCAGUAGGGAUCGGAACGCACCAACUGCUGUCAUUGGCACUCACGCCUGUGGCAGCUUGACGGACGAGGUCCUACAUUUGGCAACCGAAGCACUCGAAGCUGCUAGCGUUGCCGUCUUGCCCUGCUGUUACACCGGAAUGGCCAAGACGGUACCGUACGGCGUUCAGCGGGCACACGGAGUAGCCUGGGCGGCCGAUCUCCGACGUUCUUUUUGGUUGGCGGAGCAAGGCUAUCACGUAGACUUUGCCUGUAUCCCUUCCGAAAUUACUCCCAUGAAUCGCAUCCUAAUUGCCGAGAAGCGAAAAAUGGACAAAUAUACUGCACAAAAUAAGAGGUAAUGGGUCGGGCUGUAUAUAGUAAACAAGGCACCUCAAUUCAUUCUC